AUGCUUGCACUUCGCAGACUCGGCCGCCGGGAAACAACGAGUCUGCUCAAGGCGUGCGCAAUAACCCGCCGGCAGCAGUCAACAUAUGCCAGGCCAGCGACGGGAAUCAACCCGGCGUACGACGAGGCGAUGAAGGUCAUUGAGGCAUACAAGAUCAAAAAGACAGCCGAGGCACAGGCAGCAGCCAAGGAGCUCAAGCAGGCACAGGACGCUGGAGCAGCUGCCGAGCAGAUCGGCGAGCUGAAGAAUAAGUGGUUCAGUCUUGCCGUUGAGUCUGAGAUCAAGGACUCGGAGGUCCUGUGGAAUGCCAAGAAUGGCAACUUUGACCUGUCGCGGCCCGUGUACCUUUAUCUCAAGAAGCAGGCGUGGCGCGCACGGCCCCUGGAGAUCCUGAUGCAGCGGCUGUUGCAGAUGUUUGUCCUGCCUGAUCUCCUGGAUCCGCGCGACGUCGGCAUGCCCGAGGCGCAGUUGAACAUUACGAUGAACGGCAGCGGCACCUCGGCCAUUGAGCCCGGAUCUAUCGUUGAGCCCAGCGAGGCACGGGAGCAGCUGGAUAUUGAGCUGGUGACAUUCCACGAGGAUUCGCGCAUGCAUACCCUGGUGAUGGUGGAUCUGGACGAACCGUUUGAGGAGCAGCAAACUUUCCGCGAGCAGUUCCACUGGGUUGUCUCUAACCUGCAGUUCUCAAAGAGCCAGACCAAGGCCGAUACCAGCGCCGGAAACGUGCUGCUGCCGUACAUCCCGCCGCACCCGGCCAAGGGCACUCCUGUGCACCGUUAUGCGGUUGUUGCCUUUGAGCAGGCCGAGGCUGGCCAGCAGCGGAUAGAGAGUGCUGCUGUGGGCCGCGACUCGGUUUUGCGCGAUUUCGCCGCCCAGCAACAGCUGCGCCCCGUCGGUAUUUCCUUCUUCCGCUCUAGCUGGAACGAGUCGGUCGAUGCCGUCUACCGCGAUGUCCUCAACCGCACGCCUCCCAACUACGGCCCCAUGCCGGCACUCCGCAAGGACAUUGGGCCCGACGGUCGCAAGAUCAACACAUACGAGAACUACUAG